GAAAGAGUAUAUAAAGAAUUGUUGGAAAUUUAUGGUACGGAAACCCCAAUGUCUGCACCAGUUAAAUAUGAAGAUUUACAACAUAUGCAGUAUAUGGAUCGAGUAAUUAAGGAAACAAUGAGACUUUUUCCUACUGUUCCUAUGAUUAGUCGGCAGCUAAGUAAAGAUCUUAAAAUAGGAGAUUCUAUUUUACCGAAAAGUACUAAUGUUAUCCUAGCAUUUAUGCGGAUGUAUCGAAAUGAAAAGUAUUGGCCGAAUCCACUGAAAUUUGACCCAGACAGAUUUCUGCCAGAAAGAAUAAAAGAUUGUCAUUCGUAUUAUUAUAUCCCUUUCAACGAUGGACCAAGGACUUGUAUAGGUGAAAAAUACGCAAUGAUUUCUAUGAAAGUUUUCCUAGCUACUCUGAUACGAUCAUUUGUAUUCAAAGUGGACAGAAGAGUUCAGAUAAAUGAGAUAAAAUUAAAGACGGAUUUAUUUAUAUCUACUGUUGAGCCUUUAAAAUUUAGAAUUGAAAAACGGAAUGUUUAAUUAAAAGUAAUAGUGUACCACUAGGUAGUGGUAAUACUAAAAGUAGUAUUGCGAAAAUAUGUUAAAUAAAAGAAAACAUAUU